UCAAGCUACCUGGAGGGCCGCUUCAAGAUGGCAGAACGCGAUCGCCAUCGCGCCCUCCGUACGGCACCAACCAGCACCGCCGCCGUCCCAGGCGCGGGCGGCACCGCUAUCAGCGUCAGCAGCACUGGCAAAACCAGUGGUGUCCCCGCCAGUGGAUCUGCUGCGGUGGCCGCGGCGGACGCAGCGAUGGCCAGCCUGCUGGAGGAAGAGGCCGCUGCGGCCGCAGCACACGAGGCGGCGGCUGAGAGAAAGAAGGCCAAGAAGAAGGCCAAGAAGGGCAAAUCGAAGAAAG